AUGCAAAAAGAGAGUUGCGUGAAGAGAGAAAUCGACGAAAAACGGACAGAGAAGCCCAGAAAAAGUGCUUUUGUCCUUAUGGAGAGAGUAUUUAGCCUCGCCAUGUUUGGCAUGAUAGUGAGUGCGCUCAGUUCGGGAGUCCUCGCCCAAAAGGCCGAAAGGGCGCACAUUUUGGAGGCAGAGUCCCACAGGAGCCCGGAUAAUUCGGGUUUUACACAGAGCGAAGAGAUCCCAGGAGUUCGCAGCGGGAUAGACCUUUUCAACGAGGAGCAGUUCGACUCCGCCCUGGACCACUUCACGCACGCCCUGAGCUACGCCCAGGCGAAGAAGGACCAGAAAGCAGCGAGAAAAGCCGCUCUCUGGCGCCUCCGGGCUCUUUUCCGGCUGGGAAUGUUCGCUGAGAUCCUGGAAAAUUUUGACGACCUGAAAAUGGAAAAAAUCACCGGCCCUGAAAAUGAAAAAAAAGAAGAGCCUGAAAAUGGCCCUGAAAUUGCAGAAAUUCUCCAGAAAAGCGCAGAGUAUGCGAAAAUAUCCGUGAAGUCCCCGGAGGAGGAAGUCUCUCGAGCCCUUGCAGAGUGCACCCACUCCCCCGCCCUCCUGAAGAUGCGAAUCCACAUCCGCAUGCAGAAAAGAGACUUUUCCCUCGCAAUUCUCGACGCAGAAGUCCUUUUGGACUCCCGGGAGAAGGAUUUUGCCGAACACGCGAUAAUUCACUGCCUUUUCCUCUCCGGGAAGACUCCAAGAGCCCUCAGCCGCCUGGAAAAGAGUUCCGGGUAUAGUAAAGCCUUCAUAGAGAGAGUCUCCGCUGCAGUGGAGAAGUACAACGCCCUUGCAAGACACUGUACAGCAUCAUCCCGCGAUAACUACAGGAGAUGGAGGGACUUUGCGAAUAGAGACCUCGUUCUUGCCCGGGGAACUGACGCGUAUUUCUCCCCGUUCGCCCUUGCUCACAUUCAGGCACAGACUCUUCGGAGACUCCUGCGAAUGGGCGAGGACUUGCGCGUGGGGAGCGAGGAAAUCGUCGGAUUCUCGGAGAGACUGCUCAGAAGUGGAUUCGGAGGACCGACAGAGAGUGAAUGGUGCGAGCACGUCCGAGUUCUCGUGAGGGCGGGAAAGUACGUCGCUGCAAGAGAUGCGAUCCAGGAGAACGUGACGGAGAAGUGCCCGGAGUACGCAGAGGUGAAGGAAGUCUACAACAACGCAGUGAAGAGAGCGAGAGCAGCCCGCGAGAGGGAGAGGGCAGAGAAGGAGAGGAGGGAGGAGCAGAAAAAAGAGAAAGAGAGAAAAGACGCAGAAAAAAAAGAAAAAACUCGCGCCCAGAGGAGGAUGCAGUUCGUCAGCGGGAGAAGGGGGAAGAAGGCAGAUCCUGAGGGAUUCUACAGAUUCCUCGGAGUGCGGGUCGGAGCCCGGAAGGAGGACGUCCUGCGGGCGUACAGGAAGGUCAGCAAAAAGGCAAAUGUCGCCCUCAGAAGGGGAAGUCCCCAGGAGAAGGAGCGACAGAAGGAGGUCAUCGUGCAGGCGAAUAAGGCGAAGGACGUGCUUAUGGACCCAGUUCGGAAGGAGGAGUACGACAGCGGAUACUUCAUGACGGAGAAGGAGAAGAAUGCGUGGGGGUACACGGACGAAGCAGCAGACUUCGGGGACAGGAGAGACGCUUUUGCAGGAGGAGAUAUCUUCGACAUCCUCAUGAACGGAGGAUUCGGGGGAGGAUUCGGAGGGGGAAGAGGCACCCACAGAGUCGUCUACUACAUGUAG